GUGAGGUUGAGGGGGACAGCUGCGUUGGUGGUCCUGGUUCUGGUUCUGGUUCUGAUUUUUUGGACGAGGUCCAGGCUGGACCGGAGAUUUACACGCAAACGCGGCUAACUAUCCAAGGGACCCUCGACGAGACGGCACCGGCGAUGAUGACGAUGGAUGACUUUCCCUUUGGCGCGGAGUGGAACAUCGCGAUGUCGGAUUUGUCGUACCUGCAGACACGGUUCGACGAGGCUGGGCCAGAGGGGCUGGAUGCCAUCGCAUCUGAUAGGCCGAGGCAGACACAGGAGAAGGAGCAAGAGCAAGGGCAGAACGGCGGUACCGAUAUGUCCAUGUCGCCACCCAUGACGCCGGAAAGCCAUAGGACUGGAUCUUGGGAGCCGUCGAGUGAUGAGAACAGCGAAAUGGAAAGACCGCAUCUCGCGGCGGACGAGGAGAGUUUGAAAGCAGGGGGAACAUCCUGGACAUCGAAGACGCCUUGCUUCGGUGGUUUUAGUGUUGGAAAUGGCAGCGAUGUUGUCGGUUUAUCCAUCUCGCCAGUGGCACGGAACGCUAUUGUCGGUAUGAUCCUCGACAACACAUCCCGUGCCAACGCCGGACCUGUUUUGGCUGCUUUCCCGUCGGUGGAGGCGCUCAAUGCGCUUUUGGAGGUUACAUUGUUCUUCGAUGGCGACAGCGAAGUAUGGGAUCAUCGACGUGGUACACCUCCCUACACUGCGUCUUGA